AUGACAAGAAACUCCCAUUUUGAUUUCACCGACAACUCUCAUAGAAGAUACAAUCCCCUAACAGACUCUUGGGUCCUGGUGUCGCCACACAGAGCAAAGAGACCAUGGUUGGGUCAACAAGAGGCAAUAGCAAAGCCAACCGAACCCGAGUUCGAUAGCAAGUGCUAUCUAUGCCCAGGAAAUGCGAGGGCUUCAGGUGAAGUUAACCCAAAAUACACUUCUACCCUAAUUUUUUCUAAUGACUUCCCCGCAGUCAAACUUGAACAACCGAGACUUUACGAAGAUGACUAUCAUAACAGCUUGAAAAGAAGAUUCAUGAAAACUCAAUCUGUUGAGGGAAAUUGCUUCGUUCUUUGCUUUAGCCCCAAACAUAACCUGACGCUUCCUCUUUUGCCUCUUGAUGACGUUGUCAAUGUCGUGGAGGCUUGGAAAAAGCUGUACGUUGACUUAGGAAAAGAAGCAAAACAGAAUGGGAAGCCUUACAAAUAUAUCCAGAUUUUUGAGAACAAAGGCAGCGCAAUGGGAUGCUCAAACCCACACCCACAUGGACAGGCGUGGUGCUGCAGCACCGUUCCCAGUGAAGUGGAAAAGGAAUUCAAAUCUUUUGCCAAAUACACCAGCGAGCAUUCCGGCAACCUGCUAGCUGAUUAUGUUGCUUUGGAGCGCAAGGAGCGCGAAAGAAUUGUUCUGGAAAACGACUCUUUUGUAGUAGUUGUUCCGUAUUGGGCUGUUUGGCCAUUUGAGACUCUUGUCGUGAGUAAGGCGCACCUGAGCUCCAUUGCCGAAUUUAACGACAAACAACAGCGGGAUUUGGCUUCGAUUGUGAAAAAGUUAACCACCAAGUAUGAUAACUUGUUCGAAACAAGCUUUCCAUACUCAAUGGGUCUGCAUCAAGCUCCUCUAAAUGCUACUCAGGAAGAAAAGAAUACUGCGUGGUUUCACAUGCACUUUUAUCCGCCACUUCUGAGAUCUGCGACUGUCCGGAAAUUCUUGGUGGGCUUUGAACUUCUGGGGGAGCCUCAAAGAGACCUGACUGCUGAACAAGCUGCAAAGCGUCUAGUGGAUUUGGACGGAGAUGUCCACUAUGCGGAAAAAUUAUAA